GAACGAUGAAGGGCGGGGUUUGUUCGUGAAACGUCACGGUGUGAAAGUUACACAGAGCGGAGGAAGCGGAGCUGGCAGACAGGCAGGUUGAAAAGGAACCAAGGCGAAAAGUCAACUUAGUGUAAAAAGUUAAAUAGGUAAAUUAUGUAGAUGUAGUGGGUGUUUUCCCUCAUUAUAUGUUAACUAUACUGUACACAUGUGUUAAGUCAUAUGGUGUCAGUUUCAUAAGCGUAAAUAUUGUCCGACUCUGAGAGAUCAAUCAAGGACGUGGACCUGCUUUGUUGAAUAGGCUACAUUUGGGGCAUUUACGCUACAGGACGAAGAAGGGAAACAGUACAGCAUACCCAGACUCUUCCACAGUCAUGCCUCAGGGAGAUAUGAAACAACCUCUUCUGAGAUCUUCACGGCGCCCGCAAGGCCCCCUAUCUGACGUUGGUACUGACGCUCCUCUGGUGGGUAUACUUGGCACGGGGGAUUUCUCUCGUUCUUUGGCACAGCGGUUGGUGGCAUCCGGCUACCGGGUGGUGGUCGGAAGCCGCACUCCCAAACGUUCCUCUGGGCUCUUCCCUGAAGAGGCGGAUGUGACAACCCAACAGGAGGCCGCUUCACAGGCCGACCUGGUGUUCGUUGGGCUGUUUGUGGAACACUAUUCGACGCUAAGUGAACUUAAAGAGGCUCUAGCAGGGAAAACAUUGGUGGAUGUUAGCAAUGGUAUGCGCAUUAAUCACGACGGGCCCUCCAACGCGGAGCAGCUCGCAACACUCUUCCCUGACAGUGUGGUGGUGAAGGGCUUCAACGUCAUCUCCGCCUGGACUUUGCAGACUGGGCCAAGAGACGGCAGUAGACAGGUGCUACUGUGUGGUGACAACGUGGCAGCCAAGACCUCUGUGGCCCAGCUGUGCCGGGACAUGGGUUUCAUACCUGUGGACCUGGGCCGCCUCAGUUCGGCGCGAGAUAUCGAGAACGCACCUCUGCGCCUCUUCCCCACAUGGACGACACCCGUGGUCUGCGCCCUCUCCCUCUUCUUCUUCUUCUACUUCUUCAACUUCCUGCAUGAUGUCCUCCACCCUUACGUCGUCAACGGCAAGAACGUCUUCUACAAGCUGCCCAUCGACACUGUCAACGUCACGCUCCCCGCCGUCGCCAUGGUGAUGCUGGCGCUGGUGUACCUGCCGGGUCUGCUGGCGGCGUUCCUCCAGCUGAGGCUCGGCACCAAAUACCGGCGCUUCCCCGACUGGCUGGACCGCUGGCUGCAGGCCCGCAAGCAGAUGGGCCUGCUGGCGUUCCUGUGCGCCGCACUGCACGCCAUCUACAGCCUGUGUCUGCCCAUGCGCAGGUCGGCCCGCUAUAAGAUGCUCAACACCGCAUACAAGCAGGUGAAGGAUGGUCCGGCUGAAGUGUGGGAUGAUGAGCAGGUGUGGAGGAUGGAGUUGUACAUCUCGGUGGGCAUCCUGGCCCUGGGGCUGCUCUCGCUGCUGGCUGUGGCCUCUCUGCCCUCUGUGGGCAACUCCCUCAACUGGAGAGAGUUCACCUUUAUACAGUCGCGGUUGGGUUACGCUGCCUUGGUGAUGGCCACGCUCCACACGCUGCUGUUUGGCUGGGACCGGGCCUUCACGGCGUCCCAGUACCACUUCUACCUGCCGCCCACCUUCGUGCUGGCGCUGGCGCUGCCAUGCGCGGUGCUGCUGGGCCGCCUGGCGCUGUCCGUGCCCUGCGUGGCGCUCCGCCUGGCCCGCAUCCGCCGCGGCUGGGAGCAGGAACGCUGCAUCCGCUUCCAGCUGCCCGAGGAGGCGGGGAAUGGAGUCGAGCACAUCAGUGACGUCUGAGACCUGUGUGUGUGCGUGUGUGUGAGGGAGUGUGUGUGUGUGUAUCUGUCUGUGUAAGAGACAUAAGAAGAGAGCAAAGUAAAACUGGACAUUGGUGUAUGUUGAGAUGUUACAUAGCGAUAUACAUAAUGUAGUAUUUUUGAGACAGAGGUACUGGUAUUUUCAUAUCCUUCACCGCACUGGCACAAUUCCUGUAGGAGUUUGGUCAGUUACUUCCUUUUUUGUCCAAGCCCCAAAUAGCCCUCUUGUGGCAUCUACUGGUGUUAUUUUAGCUGCUGUAGGAGGAUUUUUCUGAAUGAUAAAAAAAACCUGUUGUGGGACAAUGAAUCACUUGUUGUCGGAAAGAACACAGUGUUUAAAAACAAUUAUGAUUUUUUUUGUGUAAACGUUCAAUCAUUCAAGACCCAUACUGCACACAGUGCCUUGUCUAAACCUGCAGCACAGCCAGUGAACGCAUUGGACAAAUGCGUGCCAAAUUCCAUAACCAUAACCAUGACCAUUUAAUUGGGCACUUUUGACACUUUUGCUCAUAUUAAUGAGUUUCAGUAUGUCAGAGACUAGAGACUUCUGUGAUCAUCAAAGGUAGCUUGGCAAAAACUUCACUACAAGCAAACGACAGUCAUCCAAAGAAAUGAGGAAAUGACACACCUGCUAUAAUAACUAUUAUAAGUGCCUAUCUAAAAAUAGCAAGGAUGAAGUUGUUUUUUCAGAUUGUUAUUUAUUACUGAUGCCAAAAGCUCACCGUGUUGGGUUGUGUAAGAACAAAUGAUUGUAUUUUAGGCCUUAUAUCCUAAUCACCAGAAUAUCUGAGAUUCAUUAAGAACAACUUGCUGUGCUGCUGUUAGUGUAGCUAUAUGAUGUUGUACACGGCCAGGUCUCACUGUCCAACUGCUGCACGUGGCUUCUGCUCCACAUCAGGAGACUAGCAAGUGCCGGCCCUCCAGCCGUGCCCGUAGCCGGACUAGGCCGUGGUCAGUCGUGCGGUCCUGGGGUUAUUUGAGGACUGAAGCGUGGCGUGAGAGCGAUAGCCAUCCUCACCAGAGCCUCGGACUAUCUGCAUUGUGAGAGGGGGUUCGUUUCGAAGCACCAGCUCUGCAUCGGUGGCCUCGGCGCAGUCGCCCGCCGCGGUCACAUCUGUCGGUUCCCAUCGCUCCAAGUGAGAGGUCAACGCAGAGCACUGACUUUGCUGAGGGGCUGGAAACUAUACCAAGGAGGCGUGUUGUGAUGUCACAUGGGACACAUACAAUCCAGUGUAGAAUUUGAUUGACUAGCUCCCCUUCUCCACAUUUUGAUUCACCUGGGUCACCUAUCUAAUGCUGUCAUAUGUCACAUGCAGGUCACAGGUUCUAGGCUAACCAUGUCUAGGCUAACCAUAUCAGGGAUGUAGUGGAGGCUAAACGCAAGUAAACAGUUUAUCCACCUCUGAAAUUUCAGAAAUAGAGUUUAUCCAGCUCUCAAAAGAGUUUAUUCACCAAUUGCAACUUUUAACAUUCAAAAAUUACACUGCAUUAUCUGCAUUCACAAUAUGUACACUCUAGGAACCAUUUAAUACCACUGGUAUUGUUAUAAACAUUGGACUAUAACCUCCACCAUCAACAAAUAUGUUCUGAAUGCCUUUUUAAAAAAUCUGAUACCGCAUGCCAUGGUCUCACCUCACUGUGAUCACAGAAAUCAUAGUUUACCCACCUCUUAUUUUACCACUACAUCCCUAGUUGGCAUGGUGAUUUAUCUGGGACAGUUGUUGGGGAAACUCCAGUAGGCCAGUCUACUAGUCAGUUACAUUUAGUUUUGAAAUAUGUCCUUGUAUUUAAAUGAUGAAUAGUUUACUGUUAAACUGUUAGCCUAAUGCAAUGCCAAACCUGUUCCUGCACUAUCUGUUCCAAUCAAAGUGAAGCUUUUGUAAACUUGCCUACUUCUAGGGCUUGCCUGCUGUUAUAUUUCUUACGUCUUUGGUACAGACAUGAAAUGCUUUGAUUACAUAUGAUUUACUAUUGUAUACUAUUGAAUUGAAUGUUUCUGCUAUUAAUGUAUAUGAUUUGUAAAAAAAAAAAAUCUACAUAACAAUGAUAUGCUUUCCUAGUCUUUGCACUUUACCAUUCAAACAAUGCUUGUGAAGUUUCUGAUUUAUGCUUGCCUAAUUCAGAUCAUAGUAUUCGUUCGUGUCAAUCGUGAAAAAUAAAGUUAGUAUCUCCUGCC